UCGAUUCCUGUAUAUAAAUUCACGGGUGGGUGGGGGUGGGGGGGCGCGUGUGUUCGACAGCGGUGGGAGCGACACAGUCCGAGCAUGGGGCUCUUCCACGGUGCUUUGGUUCUGGGAGUGCUGGUGGCCGGGGCACAAGCCCUGUACUCACCAAGCGAUGAUGUGAUAGAGCUGACGGCCAGCAACUUCAACCGUGAAGUUGUCCAGAGCAAUGACCUGUGGCUCGUGGAGUUUUACGCACCCUGGUGUGGGCAUUGCCAAAGGCUAAUACCAGAAUGGAAGAAGGCGGCCACCGCUCUUAAGGGCAUAGUGAAGUUGGGUGCUGUGGAUGCAGACGAGCACAAGGGACUUGGCUCCACAUACAACGUUCGUGGAUUUCCCACCAUCAAGAUCUUUGGCAUAAACAAGAACAAGCCUGAAGACUUCAACGGUGGCAGGACGACACAGGGCAUAGUGGAUGGUGCUUUGGGUGCCCUGCGGUCACUUGUGAAGGAUCGGCUGGGGGGAAAGGGAGGCUCUGACUCUGGAAAACAGGGAGGAAGCAGCGGUGGUUCUGGAAGUGGCAAAGAUGACGUCAUCAACCUCACAGAUGAUGACUUCAAUAAGAAAGUCAUCGGCAGUGAUGACACCUGGAUUGUGGAGUUCUUUGCGCCUUGGUGUGGCCACUGCAAAAAAUUAGAACCUGAAUGGGCUGCUGCAGCCACUGAGGUGAAGGCACAGACAAAUGGGCGUGUGAAACUCGCUGCUGUGGACGCCACAGUCAAUCAGGAACUGUCCAACCGCUUUGGGAUCCGAGGGUUCCCCACCAUCAAGGUGUUCCGCAAGGGUGAGGACGAGCCACAGGAGUACCAGGGUGGCCGCACAAAGUCCGACAUUGUGGCGUAUGCUCUUGAACUGUACACCGACAAUGCUCCUGCUCCUGAGGUCGUGGAGAUCCUCAACCAGGAUGUGGUUAAGAAAAGCUGUGAAGAGCAUCAGCUGUGCAUAGUGUCGAUCCUGCCACACAUUCUUGACACGGGGGCUACUGGCAGGAAUGGCUACAUCGCCACCCUACAAGGGAUGGCAGACAAAUACAAGAAGAAGCUGUGGGGGUGGCUGUGGACAGAAGCUGGGGCUCAGCCUGAGCUGGAGGAUUCCCUGGGGAUCGGAGGUUUCGGCUAUCCAGCCAUGGCGGCUGUCAACGCUCGUAAAAUGAAGUUCGCUAUCCUCAAGGGCUCCUUCAGCGAAAGCGGCAUCAACGAGUUCCUACGGGAACUGUCUGUGGGACGGGGCUCAACAGCACCGGUCAAGGGAGCUGCUUUGCCACCAAUCAUCAGUAAGGAGGCGUGGGAUGGCAAGGAUGGAGAGCUGCCAGUGGAGGAUGAUAUUGACCUCAGCGAUGUCGAGCUGGACGAAUUUGACAGAAGCGAGCUCUAACCACGUCGCAGUAAUCAUCCCGUCUCUCCUCCCAGACACAACCUCCCCACCGAAAUCUCUUCUCUACUGUGUCGCCCACACGUCGGCCUCCUUGAACCACUCUUCCGCGCACACACCUGCGUGUGCGCGCACCAUACACCCAGCCUUGCCUACUGCUUCUCACCAUCAGCAACACGCAAUUGCACACGUGAUAUCAGAAUCUUCAUACUGGAGGAAUAAAAUGAACUAUCAAGCUCUUUGUCACAGAUGUUAAGGAGGAGCGGGGUCUGCAAGCUAACACUGGGGAACAAUACAGCUGUUUCAUCAACGUAAAAAACAUGACCCGUGUAAAGGUUUCCCAGAUAUAAAAUACGGUCCGUUGAAGGGUAGCUUUUAGGUUUUUUUAUUUUGAAUUUGGCAGUAAGUGAUUUUCCAACAUCCAAGAGCAGGGCUUGUCUUAAAAAUUAGUAUGGGGACGUGCCAGUGGCAGCAUGGGGAGGAAAGUAAGGGUGCCCGUGCAUGAUAAGGGCUGGUUUACCUGUCAGUGUGGCAAUGUGGGAAGCGGCAUAUUCGACUGCUCAAGCGGGGUGGUUGGCAAGUUGCAUUUUUCAUGAUGUGUUCAUAAAAUGUGUGCAUCCAAAAUUACUAUCUAUGCCACAGUGGCAGGAAUAAACAGCAGUGGCAGAAAUUGAGGGAACUGCACUUAUGUUCUCCCUGUACGCAAGCCCUUUGGUCUGACUCGUGCGUUUGCAGAAAGGCAGUUUCCACUGGGUUUUUCGGCAGAAAGGUGAAAAACAGGUCUCUUCCUGAGUAAUCAAAGAUGUCACUUCUGCAGUGCAUGCACAUGCAUUAUAAAUGCAUGCACUUAGGUUGAGAGUGCCCUGUGCAAUCCCCAUUGUCCUGCAUGCUCCACGACCCCUUCAUACCUGCCAAUGGCGCCCCAUGUAUUUAAGUCGAGCGUGUGUAAGUCUUCCUCUGCACCCAUAAAGGCCUAUCUGUAAAGGGUUGACUCUUCACCUAAUGCUGCUCAACAGGUCGUUCCCUUUAGUGGAUGUGCAGCCCUGAUGUAGAGACUUUUACUGAUAUUUAUAGACGUUCUUGAAAAGCCAAGUUCACAAUUUCGUAAACGUACGAAGGAGUUUGUAAAGUGGCUGUUGGUUAUUUUAAGUUUUUUUGUAAGGGGUUUGCUUCAUUAAAUUAACCACUGCUUUCGAAAACCUUGCAAUUUAAUGGCUCGCGUUCACCAACCACGAACAAAGUAAACCAGUGACCAUGUUAAUGCACCUCAAUUUUAACUCAAAUUGACUGCAGUCAAUUGGUUAUUGUACGCCAAUUACAUUCGUCACCUUUGUAAUGGCUUGGUGUAAUUAAACUUUCAUGGUUAUUAAAGUUGCUGGUCAUUUUGCGCCAUGCUGUCCAAUAAAAUUCCUGCAUCAAUUCUUGGCGGCCGGUUUAGGCUUUUGGAAUUUUUUGGUCUUGCAGUGCCGUGCCGCUGAUUCCUUCCUUGGCUCUGGUGAAAUUGUUAUGCACUUGCCGUUUCAUGCUUUCUCGAUGGCGCCGUGUGGUUAAUUAAACCACCCCAGUCGCUUCACUUAAAGCCAGCCAGUCUCCAUUGCCAGACAAUUCAUGUCGAGGAGAAUUUGGUUUGACGAGAUGCAGUGCAUGAAGUCCUACUCUGCUGUUUUAACCAAUUAAUGAUUAAACACUGGGGUGCUGUGUGUAAAAAUAUGGCAGCGUCUGGGGUAGGCAUCGGUCCGAUAAUAUGUUCUUUGGAUGUUGGUUGCUUGAAAAGCACCUUCAGGUGGAUUUGCAGGGGGGGUUUCAUAAAACUAUUCACAGGUUUAACAGUUGGCAUGGGCAAUGACUUGCCCAACCAUCAACCGGUUUACCCAUGACUCCUGCUAGCCCAGACCCUAGCCGACAUGCAGUACUGGAUUUGAAUUGGGAGGUUCUUGGUUUAGUCAUACAUGUUUAGUGGGAAAUGCACCUAUGCUAGAGUGCAUUUUUCCCACCACAAUGCAUCGGAAACUGGUGACACCCUUGCCAUUUGAAAGCCUCAAUAAAGACGUGGCUUAUUUUCCAA